AUGCUCUCAUCUCGUGCUUUGCAGCUGAGCUCGCGUCACACUCUCCCGCUGCCGAGGGUUUGCUCUGCGACUUUCCCUCACCUACUGCGCAUACCAUCCCGCCUCUUUCAGUGCCACUACUCGGCCGUGUCCGAACCAGCGCCGCCGGUCGAGUACGGAUACGUUGACGGGGUGGAGCAUCUCGGCGACUAUCGACCGGGCGGCUAUCACCCAAUCCACAUCGACGACCGACUGAACGAGCGAUACCGAGUCGUGCACAAGCUCGGCCAUGGCACGUUCUCAACCGCCUGGCUUGCCGUCGACGAGAACUUGUCCAAGUAUGUUGCCGUCAAAGUCGGCACCGCAGAUGCGGACUGCACCGAGGUCGAUGUCCUCUCCCUAUUCAGGCAAAGCGUUUCAGACCACAGGGACUCGGAACACAAACGCUCGCUGGUCCCCGUCGUCCUCGAUCGCUUCAGUCUCAGCGGGCCGAACGGCACCCACCCUUGCCUCAUCACCCUUCCGGCACGGUGCAGCUUACGGGACGCAAAGGAGGCAUCAGGUAACUCCUUGCUUCGGCUAGAUGUUGCCAGGUCCCUCGCUGCGCAGCUCGUCCUGGCCGUCUCACUUGUAGGGACAGUACAGACUCAACUUGUGUCAACAAAGCUUGAAAGCGUGAACCACGAUGUUCUGUUCCGAUGA